UCUCUAGUUAAACAAACAGAUUCUGGCUAAUAAAAGCUCCUAACAAAUUGCUUCGGGUUUGGCCUCUCACCCACAUUCUCCUCUCCCUCUCUCUUUUAUCCCUUUUCUCAACCAGUUCCCAAUCUCUCCUCCAUUAAUUCACUGCAACAUUCCUUUCCUCCAUCUAGUUUCUCUCAUGGGAGAUCAUUCUCAUCAUCAUACACGUUCGCUGUCCACAGAUCUUUACGGCAUUCUUGGCAUCUCAUCAAAGGGUUCAUCGAUUAAAGAUAUGUGCAAGGCAUAUAAAUCUCUUGUCCACAAAUGGUAUCCUGAUCAUAGAAGUCCUUCGAGCAAAAGUGAAGAGGAAGGCAAUUUUAAAGAUAUUGACGAGGCUUACAAGACCAUCAAUAGCAACAAGCAAGAACAGGGAUUCGGAAGUAGCGAUAGACCCUCAACAAGAGAGAAACUUAACAACCUAAGCGUGGAUGAUAGCUUCUUCUCACGCCGCUCUUCUUUUCUUUCAAAGAGUACGAGUAGAAGGAGCACCACGCCUUCACCUAGACCAACCUACCUGUCCAUGAGUUCAAGCCGGAGGGGCAGCCCUUCCAAGACUUUGAAUUUCGCUCUAUCGAGAACCUUUAGUCGAAGGAGCAGAGCAGAUGCUGAGACAUCCCCCAAUGUGUCAGGAAGCGUCGGUGGGCAUUCACCUUCCCCUCUUUCGAGAAGCAUGAGUAGAAAGUGCACAUCAGAAACUGAAAUGCGAAACAUUUCAAGAAGUACAAGCAGGAGGAGUCCCACUCCUAUUAUAUUCUCUCAAUCCGUUGCUCGGAGGAAACCUCCCCCAGUAGAAAAAAUGCUUGAGUGCACCCUGGAGGAGCUCUGCCAUGGAGGGCUAAAAAAGAUCAAGGUCAUCAGAGAUGUCAUCUCGGAUGAAGGAAUAAUUGUCCAAGAAGAGGAGACACUAACAAUAAACUUGAAGCCAGGAUGGAGAAAAGGAACAAAAGUUACAUUCGAGGGAAAAGGCAAUGAGAAACCAGGCUAUCUCCCAGCAGAUAUCAUAUUCUUGAUACAAGAGAAGAGUCAUCCUUUGUUUACGAGGCAAGGCGACGAUUUAGAGAUUGCCGUCGAGAUCCCUUUGGUAAAGGCUCUCACAGGUUGCUCCCUUUCAGUUCCUCUGUUAGGAGGGGAAACCAUGAGCAUACAUUUUAACGAUAUCAUAUAUCCAGGAUACGAAAAGGUCAUUCAGGGCCAAGGCAUGCCCAAUGCCAAAGAAGGAAAGCGAGGUGACUUAAGAAUCACAUUUCUUGUCAACUUCCCCUCAGAAUUGUCCCAUCAACAACGCUCUGAAGCAUGUAGUAUAUUGGAAGACUGUUCCUGAUUGAUCAUUAGAUAAUCCCCUGCUUAUGCAUUGUAACCUUUUACAGGAUGCAAGUUAUUUUUCUCUUAACUACGACACUUUUCAUGUGACUAGUACAAGGUAACACUUUUUGCCUCACAUUCUAUGGAAGUGAAAUACGCAAACACAAGUAAAACCUUGAGAAGAAAGGAGAAUGGCACACUCUAGUUCCUGAAGUGAUACCAUAUAUUGAAUUUUUUCACGACAAUUUUUGAAAGAACAAAAAGGAAUACUAGUAUCUUACUGAUCCAGGAAUGUAAAAUAGAAUAACAGCUGUUAUUAACCCAUUUUACACAAGAAAAUGAUAAAGAAACCCAACCAUAAUGAACAUACAGUUUCUGCUCACUAUCAUUAUUUCUAUCUCUCAUUUUCAAAUUUUGGACCAUUUUGCAACUCUAUUACAAAAUCAAAUCCAAGAAGAUAGCUUUAUGUGUCAACCGUGGUACAUUAUUGUCAAAGAUUUUUCCUGGCCCACUUCUCUUAAUCAAUUCCCCAAUACAAAGCUAGUAUUCAGAAACUUUUAACAUACUGCUUUGGAGUUAUUGCACAAUAUGCCUUUCAAAAGGGCUAAAGCCUAUUUUAACAUGUCAAGAUUCU